AUGGCUGCUAACGGGACCAACGGCGACUCCGCUGCCGUUCUCGAUGAACUCAAGGCUCCCGCCGGCGUCGUCCUGCCGCCCCGCGAGAUUCGCAACAUUCUCGAAAAGACCGCCGGUUACGUCGCGCGUAACGGUGCCGUUUUCGAGGACCGCAUCCGCGACAAGGAGCAGGCCAAUCCCAAAUUUAGCUUCCUGAACCCCGAAGAUGCCUACCACCAAUACUACCAGUGGCGCCUGACUGAGGUGCGUGCCGGUCGAGGAACGGACAUCGCUGCCGGUCGCGCAGGAGAAGCCGCGAAGGAACCCGAAAAGCCCCAGGGCCCUCCUAAGCCACCUGAUUUUCAUUUCUCUGCGCGCAUGCCCAGGAUCAAUCAAAAGGACUUGGACAUCAUCCGCCUGACGGCUCUCUUUGUCGCCAAGAAUGGACGUCAGUUCAUGACCCAGCUCGCUCAGCGCGAGGGUGGCAACCCCCAAUUUCAAUUUCUUGUUCCCAACCACACAUUCCACAACUUUUUCCAGCACAUAAUCGACCAAUAUACAACAUUAUUACGAGCGGGCGGGCUAGGCGGCGAAGGCGGCAAGCUCCAGGAGGAACAAAUUGCCGAGCUCGAAAAGAACAUUGCCGACAAGUUUUACGUGCUCACACGCGCAAAGCAACGCGGUGAAUAUAUUAGAUUCCAGGAGCAAGAAAAGGCCCAAAGAGAAGAGGAGGAGGAAGAAGCCAAGGCAGAGUUUGCGCGCAUCGACUGGGGCGACUUUGUCGUUGUCGAGACCAUCAACUUUACCGAUAGCGACGAAACGGCCAACCUGCCACCGCCCACGAACCUCUCCGAGCUCCAAUACGCAUCGCUAGAAGACAGAAACAAGGCUUCCAUCAGCGCCAAUCUUCGCAUCGAAGAGGCUAUGCCCGGCGAAGAGCUCGGGCAAAACGGUUAUAAUGCUGCCGUACCAGGGCCACCAGCCUACCCGCUCCCAGUCCAUCCUGGCUACGCUCAACAACACAACCAGCACUACCAGCCCCAGAUGCCUCAGCAACCACAAAAGUCGGCGCAAGAGCUUGAGGAAGAACGCAGGAUACAGGAGCGUGCCGAUGCCCAGGCCCGUAUGCACCAAGCCCAGAAUGUAGCCCGUGGCGGUGGGCCUCAGAUGAAGAUUCGCGAAAACUACGUGCCCGGGGCCCAAAAGGCUAAAAAGGUGCAAAUGGCAAUGUGCCCCAACUGCAAGCAACAAAUUCCUCUGAAUGAAAUGGAAGAGCAUAUGAGAAUUGAACUUUUGGAUCCCCGAUGGAAGGAGCAAAAGUCAAAGGCCGACGCGCGCCACGCGCCGUCCAACAUGUCACAGGUAGACGUGGCCAACAACCUGAAGCGACUCGCCAGCCAGCGCAGCGACGUCUUCGACCCUGUCACCGGCCUGGCCGUGUCGGAGGACGAGCUCGCGCGGCGGAAAAAGGCCGUCAUCAACAGCUUCGACGGCAACCCCGAAGGCCAGAGCCAGGCGCAUAUGAGCCAUCUUCAGGGCAUGAAUGUCGAGGAGCAGAUUCGCGCUAUUCACCAAAAGUUUGCAGAUAAAAAAUAG